GGACGUAGUCGAGCCGCCGCUCACUUUCUCGCGCGACGGUUUAGGUUUGGUUCUGUUUACUUUCUUGGAGUAGAGACCGAAAAAGAGGCGAUGGCUGCAGGGACGGCGGCGCUUCGAAAGUUGUGCGUGCUUGCUCGCUGCUCCUGCUUCUUCGUUCGAUCGGAGACACUCGACGUUGGAGGAAGUGGCGGAUUUGGGUAGGAAGCUUCGGGCAGGGAUGGUUUUUUGGAAGGAGAAAGUUGUUCCAACUGCGAUUCCCUGCGUCUUAUUUUCAGUUUGUGGAUUUCGAGGUGUGUUGGGACGAAAAAUUGCAUCUUUAGCCUAUGUUUUUGUGAAAGUUUCGAUCUUUCCGCCCAGUAUUUGGUUGUGGCUUCGAAUUGGAGUAGAGAUCGAGUGGCAGAGGGCGAGAAAAUGAACAGCCAUGGAGAAUUCCUAUUCCUAGCUUCUGUGAACACCCAUUGAAUUUUUCUUUAAUUAACUGAAAAAAUGUUUGUUACGGAUCAAAGAUGAAUAUCUGGUUACAUUUUGCUGCAGAUUUUGAGUUAGGAGGAGCUAGAUUUUAAAGGCACAUGAAGUUGGGUUAUCAACUACACAAGUUCAUCGAAUCCAUACUGUGCUGUGAAGAGUUUUAAACAUGGUGAAUGAGAUUUGUGGUUGCACUUGUAUUAGAAGCAUUGAGCUGAAUGAGGGAGAAGAUGUGUUCUUUGACUCACUUGAUUACUUUUGUACCUCUUUUGAUCCUGAAUCAUCUGGAUCUUAUCUGGUUCAGGAGUCAGAUUUUGAGAUUAGAAAGUUUCCCUAUGAGUUUUGGAUGAAAGAAUUGCCAACUGUUAGUGUUCGCGAAAGACGUAACAAAUUUUUACGUGAAACAGGCUUUGAUAAAUUAAUCUUAUCCAAAUUAGGAUGCACAAAAGAACCAGGAGGAGUCAGACAUACUGUUCCUUUAGAGCAGAUAGACCUGGAAAUGAAUGUGGACUCUUUAUUAUCACCUGCUUAUGGUGGAAAUGAUGAUUCUACUUGUUCGUUAGGGGCUUUGGUUACAGAAAAGAACAUUGUAGUCCAAAACCUUGGUCAAAAUGGUUCCAUUGCCAUGCUUAAUGAAGUUGAUUCCAACAGAACGACGUCAUGGCAAGAAAUUGAGACUUAUGUAGGGUCACAAGUUGUUCAACCAUUCUUGGGGGAAGAAACUAGACCCAAUGGAACGAGAAGAGAUAGGACUCUCAUUGAAGACAAAAAACUAAGCAGAAGAUGGUGGAGAAGAUUGACGUCAAAGAUGAGUGCUGGGGGCACAUACAUAAAAUAUGCUGUAACAGGAAAUUCAGAAUUUCCUAAGAUGCUGAUGAAAAAAGUAAUUCAUGAGAAUAAGAACAACACAGAAAUCAGAGUCUUUUGCAUGGUACAGGAAAUUGUUGCUCAUAAGAGUUUGAUUAGGACCAUGAAGUUCAGUCCAUGUGGGACAUAUCUAGCUACUGGUGGUGAAGAUUGUGUUGUUAGGAUCUGGCGUUUUAGAGAAGUUGAAGCAUCUCACAAUUGUCUUGUUGCAGAUGGUUCCUCUAGUUUGCAUGACACGAAGUCCAAAUUCAGAAGAAAGGGCUUUAGUUGUGCUUCUUUUGUUAGUCCAGAUGAGAUUCUUAAGUUAGAGAAAGUUCCACUGCAUGAAUAUUUUGGGCAUACCAGUGAUAUUUUGGACCUUUCAUGGUCAAAGUCUGAUUGUCUGCUUUCAGCAUCAAAGGACAAAACUGUUCGAAUGUGGAAAGUUGGUUGUGAAAGCUGCAUUAAAGUUUUCCAUCACAAUGAUUGUGUGACCUGUAUUCAGUUCAAUCCUGUUGAUGAUCAAUACUUCAUCAGUGGCUCGAUAGAUGGAAAAGUGCGCAUCUGGGGCAUUGAUGAGAAUAGAGUUGUUGAUUGGGCUGACACAAGGAAUAUUAUCACAGCUAUAUCUUACCAAACAGAUGGAAAGGGAUUUGUUGUUGGCACUCUUACAGGAAACUGUCGUUUCUAUGUUUAUACAGACAACAAUCUGCAGUUGGAGAGAGAACUUUGUAUACGGGGUAAAAAGAAGUUGAUAGGCAAACAGAUAACUGGUUUACAGUUUUGCCCUGGAGAUUCUAAGAAGGUCAUGAUCACAUCAGUUCACUCUAAAAUUCGAAUUUUUGAUGGAUUUGACAUUGUCCAGAAGUUUGGAGGUUCCUGGAAAUCAAAGAGUUAUGUGGCUGCGUCAUUUACAUCUGAUGCAAGAUACAUUGUUUCCAUUGAUGAAAACUCCAAUAUCUGCAUCAGGGACUACAGUAGCUCAGCCAUUCCAUUGUCAAAGGGUGUGGAGUCAAUAUAUCCUUGUGAAGGUUUCUUUACUGAAGGAGUGACAGUUGCAGUUCCAUGGCCUGGCAUUGAAACAAGAGGGGCAUAUUCAUACAACACCAGCAUACAUUCUUCUGCCCCAUUUGAACAUUUUCCAAAGUCAGUCAGUCAGUGCCAGCACCGAGAUUUCUUUUCUCUUCGUUCCUGUUUCUCUGCUGGUGGUACUUCAAGAGCUUCAGCGACGUGGCCAGAGGAGAAACUUCCUGUAAUUCCCGUACCUUCUAAACGAGUUAAUCACAACCAUAUGCAUCACCUUUGUCAGAGAUAUCAAGAAUCCGAGUCUCUUGUAGCCACAUCACGUUUGCUUAUUGUAACUGGAAGCUGCAGCGGCAUGAUCAGGUUGUUCAAUUAUAGGAGGUUACCUAUUAGAUUCUGCUGAUAAGAUUCAUCUACUCUCUUUGGAACAUGAAAGCUCGUGUUUCUUGUGGUUGGCAUGGUUAUUUGACCCAUAUUUGGGUAUUCUUCUUCCCGACGCAAGGCAGUUGGGUUCUUUUUCAUGUCAGCCAUCUUCCAAAAUCAUCGGUGUUUCGGAUCAAGGUCAGAUAAGAAGCUUCUACUUGUGCUCGACGAAAAUGGGGAUUCUUAUCAAUCUUUUUUGCAGAGGAAAAGGAGGAAAGGAAUCAACUCAGUAGUCAAGCAAUACCAAACAGGUCUUUUUGCAUUGCAUCUUUUCCUUUGUCAUCAGGGAUGUUUUGAGACACCAGUAGCCUUUUAGUUUUUCAGCUGGAUUAGUUCUUUAACCUCAUCGGAUGCCAAUCCGGCUUAUUAAUCAUACUGUAAGGCUACAAAAUGUUGGUUAACACAGUUUUUGCAAGACAAUUUUAGGUUUUUUAUCAUAGAACAUCCGAAUGUUUCGUCUUCCACUGUGAUACCAGCAGGCAUCUCUGGUUGCAAUCAUCAAGGGACCAUUUUGUGCUGCAAUGUCCCUGUACUAGCAAACAAUAUAUUUCUGUAAUCCUUUGACCCUCCUUAGAUUUUGUGUUGACUAAAGUUGCUCUUUCUUAUGAUCAUUUAAUUUAUU